CUCGCUCCUCCGCGUCCACUCCCAGCCCCCGCCGCACCCACCAGCCUCUGCGCGCGCCCACCAUGUCGACGCACAGCUCCGAGAAGGACAAGGCGUACGGCGCCAUGCACAAGACCAACUCGCCCGUCGACGAGAAGGCGCCGGCGCCCGUGCUGCGCGCCGCCGCCAGCGAGAUCACGACGUGGUCGCUGCUGCUCGGCCUUGCCAUCUGCAUGGGUGGCUUCCUCUUCGGCUACGAUAUCGGUGUCAUCUCCGGCUGCCUCGUCAUGCCUGACUUCGUGCGCCGCUUCGGCGGCGUGUACGUCGCGCGCGACAACAGACUCGAGCUGCCCGACGACAUCUCCUCCCUCAUCACCGCCACGCUCAGCGUCGGCACUUUCGUCGGUGCCCUCGCCCAGGCGCCCGUCUCCGACCGCUGGGGCCGCAAGGUCUCGAUGAUCAUCUGGGCCUUCUUCUUCCUCGCCGGUGCUGUCGUGCAGACCGCCGCCUCGACCCACGUUGAGCAGCUGUACGCCGGCCGUGUGCUCGCCGGUCUCGGCGUCGGUGCGCUCUCCGGUCUCUGCCCGCUCUACCUCUCCGAGACGGCGCCCAAGGCCGUGCGCGGUCUCAUGAUCAGCUGCUACCAGUUCAUGAUCAUCCUCGGCAUCUGCGUCUCGUACGGCAUCACGUGGGCCAGCAACAACCGCAACGAGGACCAGGUCGGCUGGCGUGUCCCGAUUGGCUUCCAGAUCUUCUUCGCCGUCGCCCUCAUCGCCCUCAUGCUGCCGCUGCCCGAGUCGCCGCGCUGGCUGCUGCAGCGCGAGCGCGACGACGACUGCCGCCGCGUCAUGGCCAACAUGCGCGGCCUCACGCUCGACAACACGGCCGCGGGCCUGCGCGGCAGCCCCGCCAUGGAGCAGGACUUCGAGGACAUGGCCGAGGGCAUCCGCGCCGAGGCCGACGCGUUUGCCGGCACCAACUUCUUCACCGCCUACGCGCUCUGCUUCUCGCGCAAGAACCAGAUGUGGCGCCGCACCGGCACGGCGAUGCUCAUGCAGCUCCUGCAGCAGCUCAACGGCCAGAACUUCUACUACUACUACGGUCCGAUCUUCUUCAGCCGCGCCAACGUCGCACUGCAGCCGCUGCAGAUCCAGUUCAUCUUCGGCAUCGUCUCGCUCAUCUGCACGAUCCCGGCCCUCUACCUCAUUGAGCGCAUCGGCCGCCGCAAGAUGCUCAUCACCGGCGCCAUCGUUGAGGGAUCAUGCGCCUUCAUCGUCGCCUUCCUCGGCCGCUACGCCCUCGCACCCACCGGUGUCACCCCCAACUCGUCGCAACUCGCAAGUGGUAGAGCGUUCAUUGCAGCGGCUGUGAUCCACCUUGCCGGUUUCUCGAUGACUUGGGGCCCCGUGCCGUGGGCGCUGUGCGGAGAGCUCUUCCCGCAGCACCUGCGCGCCAAGUCGAUCUCCCUGGCCUCUGCGACGAACUGGCUCUGGAACUUCCUCCUCUCCUUCUUCUCGAACAAGGUCGCCUCGAAGUACGGCACCUUCAUCAUGCUCAUCUUCGGCUCGAUCCUCUUCACCGCGGCGAUCAUCGUCUUCCUGAUCGUGCCCGAGCUCAAGGGCCUCACUCUGGAGCAGGUCGACGAGAUGUUCGAGGACCGCUCGAUCAAGCCGUGGAACAGUGGCAAGUGGAUGCCGACGACGGGCGCGCAGAACCGCGACACCCUCAGCGGCCUGCCGUGGCAGAAGAAGAAGAACCACAGCGAGCUCUAAGGGCAAGCUUCAGGGUCUCCUUUCGCUGCUCUCCUUGUCACAUUGCAUCUGGUGCGUCCAGGAGGCUCGAUCGUACGGUCCACGCCUCGGGACGAGACGCGCGUCCAUCCCCUUCCCACCUCUCCCGCUUGCGUCAAAUGUACUUUCAUACCUGCUCCGGGGCUCCAGCUACGAAUCAAUCAGUACCGCUG